CAGCCACAGUCGUCCCGCGCGCGCCUACACACGCUCGCCGUUCGUAAUACGUUAUGUUUACCGCGCGUAAAUAUAAAUAAAAAUGCUUACACUACGGCUGCCGCUAUAUCCAGUACUGGGUUUGCUCAACGCCUACUCGCAGGCGUUCAUCACUUCCUGCAACUCUUCCAUCUACUGCACCGGCGAAAUGCUACACCGCAUCCAGCUCGCGAAAAUUUUCCCGGAUUCAAAAACUUUCGUAGACAUGAAGCUAUUGUUUUCGAUGAGCGAUACGUUGGCAGAUUUUGCUCAGCUGAUGCACGAUACGCAGCGGAAUCCUUCGCGUGAACAGCUUACCAAGUUCGUAGGAGAGCAUUUCGAGCCAGGAAACGAAUUGGAAAAUUGGAUACCUCCUGACUUCAACCCAUCGCCGCCUAUACUAGAUAGAAUAACACAUCCGAAACUUAAAGUGUUUGCUAAAAAUGUGAUUGCCAUUUGGGCAACAUUGGGACGGAAAGUAAAACCCGUUGUUCAUCAGAAUCCAGACCGGUACAGCUUAAUCUCAGUUCCUAAUGGAUUCAUCGCACCUGGAGGCCGUUUUAAGGAGUUAUACUACUGGGACUCUUACUGGAUCGUACGUGGACUUCUACUCAGUGAUAUGGCAGAAACUGCCAGAGGUAUGGUAGAAAAUAUUCUGUAUUUAGUUGACAAGUUUGGGUACAUGCCAAACGGCGGUCGCCUUUAUUACUUAGGUAGAAGCCAACCACCUCUUCUUACGGCUAUGGUUGCAGAUUACUAUGCUGUUUCGGAAGAUCUUGCGUGGUUAAAGCGUCAUAUCCCUACUGUUGAAAAUGAAUUACAAUAUUGGUUGAAUACAAAGAAAGUGACAGUGGAAAUAAACGGGAACCAAUAUGUGCUCCUUAGGUACUAUUCUGAGGAGGAAUCCAAAGGACCGCGACCAGAGUCAUAUUACGAAGACUAUACUACAGCCCGGUUUCUACCCUCAGAGGAUUUGCGCCAGGAAUUUUAUAAAGAGAUGAGGGGCGUGGCUGAAAGUGGAUGGGAUUUUUCCACUCGGUGGUUCGUGAGUGCAAGCUCGGAUCCCGUCGGAAACCUGACUGAUGUUCACGCCUCGCGCAUUCUGCCGGUCGACCUAAACUCUAUCUUUGCUGGUGCUCUUCAACUCACUGGUGACUUGAGAAACCAGCUUAACGACCGCCGUGAGGCGCAAAAGUGGCACAGCCUCGCGAAAUAUUGGAGAAGAUCAAUUGAGAAUGUCCUCUGGGAUACUUCCGACGGGACAUGGUAUGACUACGAUUCUAUGGCAAGAGUAAGAAGGAAGCAUUUUUAUCCGAGCUGUGCUACGCCUUUGUGGGCGGGAGCGGUGGAGAAAGAUGAUGCCCCAAAAUACGCUGCGCGUUUCGUAAGGUAUUUGCAUUCAUCCGGAGGACUCGAUUUUCCUGGAGGAAUACCAUCGUCUCUCCUCCAUUCUGGCGAGCAGUGGGACUAUCCAAAUGCAUGGGCUCCAUUGCAAAGCAUACUCAUAGGAGGGCUUGACAAAAGCGGUCACGAAGAAGCUCAAAAAUUAGCGAAAGAACAAGCUAAGCUUUGGAUCCGCUCGAACUAUUUAGGGCACAGCAGGUAUACCAAGAUGUUUGAGAAAUAUAGUUCGGUGCAGCCGGGGUCUCCAGGGGAUGGUGGGGAAUAUGGGGUGCAGAAUGGUUUUGGGUGGACGAAUGGUGUAAUAUUAGAACUAUUAGCAAAUUACGGAGACGAGUUGCUUGAAUGAAAGCGCUGGAACGUCACUGACGAUGACGUACGUAAGGCAAUUGUAAAUUGGACUUUAAAAUAAUUUCAAGUAAAUACUAAGCACCUAAUUAAGUAUAUCAUAUCAGAAUCGCGUAUGAACAAUGACCUUUAACUUAGAUAAAUAAACACGUUUUACUAAUAUGAAACAAAGAACAAACAGUAAUAUUGGUAAUACGAAUGAUCUAAAUGGUUGAGAACAAAACUUCCGUGAGACAGACAUAUUAAAUAUAUUAAUAACGGGUCACUCACGUAUUUUAAGUCGACUUAAAAUACGUGAGUGACCCCGUAUUAAAAUAUUUAAAUGGUUGAGAUAUAAAAUAAUUGUCGUUGAACGCGGAAGGAAGUGAUACUCAUUAUUGAUAACUAUUUGUUUGUAACUAUUUAUAGGAGUGAAUGUAAUGUGAUAUACAGUCACUGUGGAUGGCGUGUAGUUGUUGUACUUAAUUAUAAGUAUUAUAAGUAAUUAAAGAACUGAGCAACGUAAGUAACCUA